AUGAAGAAAGAGACAGGAUUUGAAUUUUGCCCACACGCACCUGGUUUCAUAUGCAGAUAUGGCUACAGCAGAUCCAAGGUGGAAGUAUUAUGCAAUUGAAGAUGAAUCUAACGAUGAUGAUGCUGAUGAUGUAUAUGAAGAUGCACUGGAGUAUAGUGCUACCGCAGAUCCAAGGUGGAAUUAUUAUGCAGUUGAAGAUGAAUCUAACGAUGAUGAUGCUGAUGAUGCAUAUGAAGAUGCACUGGAGUAUAGUGGUAAGUCAGAGACGGGGAGAAAUGUCGUGACGGGUAUACUCGUUGAUGUGUCUGGUUCUAUGAGGGUUUCUGUAGAUGAGGACAAGGUGGUCGGUGAAGCAGAAAGCUGGUCCAGAUCAACAUUUACUGCAAUUGACAAUACUAUUAAACGUGAUGUCAGUUCAGUCAACCAAGUUUUUGCAUUGGGAUUUGGAGCGCCAAAUGAACCAGUCGUUUUCGACUUGUUGAACACAGUUGAGAAAGUUCAAACAUCGUUCAAAUCUAAACACAAACCUAAGGACGAGGCACCCAUCAAGCGAUACAAAUCUAAACGUGAACUCCUCAAGGAAAUAUGCGAGCUUUUAAAAGAUAACGGUGCUCCAGAAAUUUGUUCAUAUUCAAUUAUGAAUGCUUUGGUUGAAGUUGUGUCAACUUUUAACGCUCAACAAUUACUCGCAAACCUUAAAGAGGAUGCAAAAUUCAGAAAAGAGUUCGUUCAGUUGCUGCCUCGACAAUGUCGUGAGGGAAUACAGGAAGAAAGUCGAGAUGUGGUUCGAAAGGGAAUUGAACUUGCAAUUCAAUCGGACAUUUCUAAGAUAAUUUCAAUCCUAGAAACAGGAGGCGUCAAUGUGGUACGAAAUCGACUGGACCGUGAUCGGCCAUUACUUGAUGUGAUAUCAUUAUCUGAGUCAACUCAUUUCUUGAACUCUCUUGAAAACAACUGCUUUGUUAGGGACAUAUUUGUACAUUGUAUGGUUGGAGAAUCUAUCGAACAAAACAAUGUUCCAUUUAUGCUACGCAAAAUAUUUUGGCUGGAACAGUUGGAUGAAAUAUUUUCGAUAGCAGAACAGGACGGGGUAGAAAUUCGUCCCUGUGUGGAUAUGACAGAUGUACUUCAUGAAAUCAAUGCUAAUAUGGCCUUUGAAGCGAUUGACUCUCUAAGAGAAAAUGAAGUAUACAGAAAAGGCUUUAUGGAUGAGUUGUUAUCUGCACAAAGGAAUUUGUUGCCUGAGGAAUCCCUUGAGGAAUUCCGUAUGGAAAUACAAGAAAAAUACAAAAAUGAUCAACGAGGACUCGUCGCUCUUAAGAUACUCUAA